UCGGCGCCGGACGAGGUCGUGGCGGGCGCUCUGCUGUGUCGCUGUGUUCUUAUCGGAUUAUUUUCUGCUCUGGGCCCUUUCUUUCAAUGCCAAGCUUUGUAAUGUCAACCGUCUUCCAAAUGGAACAGAUGAUGUCUUGGGUUGUGAGAAAAUACGUAAAGUUCCUCGUCCUGGGAGCUCUCUCGUCUUGCGCUCUCGUCAACGUCGCUCUCCAUGCGGGCGCUGGGAUGCAAUACUACUGCCAGGAAGAUUGCAUGAUCAAACUGCUAGAGACCCCGCUUAAAUCCAUGGACUUCGACGCCAUCAAGCACAUCCGCAAGCACUGGGUGGACGAAGGCUCUACCCCAGGCACCUACGUCCCGUCCUUCCCCAUCGAAACCCCCCCCUGGUCCAACAUGGGCAACUGGGGCGAGGCCUACAAAUUUAUCAACAACUACUUUAAGCCUUAUAAGACCCCAGGAACCUUCAUGGAGAUCGGCGCCCAGGACGGAGAGUUCAUGUCCCUGACGCUUUACGUGGAGAAGGAGCUCGGAUUCCGCGGGGUCCUGGUCGAGCCGAAUCCCAACGACUACGGCAAGCUGCGCGCGCGGGGGAGGACGGCCAAGAGCAUCAACGCCUGCGCGACGCCAGGGCAUUGGGCACAGGGCGGAUCAGCUGUGGCUCCGCGACACGCCCAGCAACCUCCCGCCGAUCCUCCACCGCAUUCAGGAGGGAAGCAACAGGCUUCUGCAGUACGUCUCCAGCGAGGACCGCGAGCUGGGCAAGGUCGUGCCCGUGCAGUGCUUCAACCCGGCGGCCAUGGCGGCGGCGGCCCUCGGCACGACGGAUGUGGACCUGCUGACCAUCUCCACGCACGGCGGAGAGCUCGACAUUCUCUCGUCCAUCCCGCGCACCGUCAGGUUCAGGAUGAUCGUGAUGAUCGUCCCGCUGGCCAGCCAAGAUGAAUGGAACGAACUCAAAAAGAUCGCCAAGGCGCGAGGCCUGACCGCCGCCGUCGACAAGUACAACAUCCACAUUUUCAUUCCCUCCACAGAAGUCAAAGUGGUUUAGCUUAGCUUCAUGUUUCAUAAAUAUUUAUUUGUUAUUUUCUAUGUCCUUUGUUCAUUUUCUCUUGUUAUUAUUAUGAUUUAUCCUUUUUUUUUUUUUGCGUGGUUAAAGAGAGGAAAUCUUGUAGAUAGACUUGUUGGUUUCGCUUCAUAUAUCUUGGGGCAUUAAUUCCGUCAAAAUAUGUACAUUAUUGAUGAAUUGGUCCUCAGUUUAUUAUGUAAUUAUGUUAGCUCUUAUUCACAUGUUCAAUCAUUUCAUUGUUUGCUUUCACUUGUCUACGAGUUUGCCUCUUUGUCUUAAUAAUUAUGUAUAGAUCAGCUGUAAUAAAGAGCUCGGUUAGUUAUUAACCGUGGUUAAUUAAUCCUAA